AUGGGGUCGCCGGCAACGCACCAGCGGCAGCACAGGGCCAUCAUCAUCAUCAUCAUCAGCAGCAGCAGCAGCAGCAGCAGCAGCAGCAGCAGCAGCAGCCGGAGCGGCAGCAGCCGAGAGGGCGGCAGAAGGCCAACCAGCGAGAUCGCAACGGCGCGGCUGCGCAAGUUCAGCUACACGAGGAUCAAGUGCCGCAACUGGGAGUCCGCGGGCGUGGCGGCCGCCGCUGCGGUGGAGGCGUCCGCGCAGCUCGCGAGCCAAGACGGGGCGCUCCUCAUCUUCCAGCCGGAGCAGCCGCGGGAGCUGUCGGCGCCGCGCGACCCCUUUGUUCUGUGGCUGAUCGCCGCGGCGGUGCCCUGGGGGGAGCUGCCAGAGUGCGACUACCUCGCAUGCAGGCCCGCCACCGACGCGGCGAUGUUGGCGGACGCGGUCGCCGGCAUGAUCGACAGAGAGGGGUUCACGCAGUUGCGCAUCUCCACGGCGUCGGAGGCCCCUAAGGCGCUGCUGGCGAUGGCGGAGGCGCGCGAGUGGCUGCGGCUGUACCGGGUGAAGGACUUUGCCGUGGUGGCAGAGCCGCAGGAGCAGCAGGAAUCGCCGCCGCAGGAGGGGCAGCAGCAGCGGGCACAGCAGGGGCAGAAGCAGGCACAGCAGGGGCAGCAGCAGCAGCAGCAGCAGCAGCAGCAGCAGCAGCAGCAGCAGCAGCAGCAGCAGCAGCAGCAGCAGGGGCAGCAGGAGGCACAGCAGGACCAGCAGCAGCAGGAACAGCAAGACGAGCAGCAGCAACAGCAGCAGCACACUGACGGCGAACAGUGGGCUCUGACCCUGACGCUGCUGGAGUGCAAAUGGAAUUGUAUGACCUAUUUCAAGUACUGA